AUGCUGGGCGCAUGUAUUUGCUCAACGGAGUUUCAUCACUGCGCAUUCGCUACCAAGCACGGAAUCUUUUCUCCCGAAAAGAUGGAGAAAAAUAUUUUCACGCUGGCAUGUGAUUUGGUGAUGGACUACGUGGUCAUAGUUCCUUUUCCUCUUGACUCUCUGAAAGUCACUGUAGAUGCCAUCUGCCCUGGGUAAACGACGGGUGAGGUUGUUGUGAUCGCCCUAUCCGACUUCUCAAGCUGCCAAAGAUAUGUGGAUCUGCAUGGCCAUAAUUUCGUCGCUGCGAAAAUGCUCAACGAGGGGGUCAUCAAAAAUUAUCAAGGCUUUUACAUCAUUGGUGGACGACGCUGGAGUGCGAUUUACCUAAAUCAGGAAAUUGCAUAGUAUGUUGGGCGCUUCGUUCUCAAUAGUUUUCCAGUCGCUGCCACUUGUCGCGGCGGCCAGAACCUGACCGCCGCAGUCGUGACUAAGUAAAACACUGGAAUGUACUGCCCCACAGUGUCGCCGAGCCUGGGAAUUGCUGGAGGCGAGUUCAAAGAGCUUCUUCCUACUGAGGCGGUCACAAACGGAAAUAUGAUCACCUCUCCAGUGUGACCUGGCUACCAGAUGGCUCUUAACGGAUUUUGCGAAAUGCUGGGAAUCAAUAUUAGCAUGCGAAGCAUGUAUACUAAGAGACAAGAGCGCACAUUUUUCUAUGAAUUGUGUUCUUCAAAGAACAACAGAAGUGGUU